CUCCGCAGGCCCGCGCGAUGGCGCCAAGGAGCAACUGGCGCCUGCGGUUGCUGCUGUCCAUCUCCGCGCUCCUGUCCACCGUCACCGGGACGCACGCCUCGACAGACUCAGCCGCAGACUCAGCCUCCCAAGGCCAUCUGGACCUCACACAGCUCAUCGGCGUCCCGCUGCCCUCCUCCGUGUCCUUUGUCACUGGCUAUAAUGGCUUCCCAGCUUACAGCUUUGGACCUGGCGCCAACAUAGGCCGCCCAGCUAGGACCCUCAUCCCGCCCACCUUCUUCAGGGACUUCGCCGUCAGUGUCCUGGCCAAGCCCAGCAGUGCCCAAGGCGGGGUGCUUUUUGCCAUUACCGAUGCCUUCCAGAAGGUCAUUUACCUGGGCCUGCGGCUCUCGGGUGUGGAGGAUGGCCGCCAACAGGUCAUCCUGUACUACACGGAGCCUGGCUCUCAUGUGUCCCACGAAGCUGCUGUUUUCACGGUGCCGGUGAUGACCAACAAAUGGAAUCACUUUGCCUUGAUCAUCCAGGGGGAGGAAGUGACCCUGCUCGUGGAUUGUGAGGAGCACAGCCAUGUCCUCUUCCAGCGGUCCUCCCAGCCUUUGGCUUUCGAGCCCAGCACAGGGAUCUUCGUGGGCAGUGCAGGUGCCACAGGGCUGGACAAAUUCACUGGGUCCAUACAGCAGCUGACCAUCCAUGCUGACCCCAGGGUUCCGGAAGAGCUGUGUGAAGCCCAGGAGUCGUCGGCAUCAGGAGAGGCCAGCGGACUUCAGGAGACCGACACUGUCGCUGAGAUCCUAGAGGCUGUCACUUACACUAAAGCUCCUCCUAAAGAAGCAAAAGUUGAACCCAUGAACAUACCUCCAACCUCAACCUCUCCCCCGGAGGACAUGGAGCUCUCUGGUGAACCUGUACCAGAAGGGACCCCAGAAACCAACUUAAGCAUCAGCCAACACAACAGCCCUGAGCGAGGGUCCGGCGAAAUCCUCAAUGACACACUGGAGCGAGUUCACACUUUGGAUGGUGAUGCCGUUGCUGACCUUGGCUCAGGAGACAGGAUGUCCCUUGGUGCUGCUGAAGAACAGGGAUCUGCAGCAACAACAACAGAGGAGGAUGAGGUGAGCGUCAGCACAGCCCGGGAGGCAAAGGUCAGCAGCGUGCCCACUGCAGUACCAACCCUGGCCAUGUCCACCCUGAACCCUCAGGCAGGGACCACUCCAGGUCUGGAAGAAGAAGAAGGUUCAGCAGCAGUGGGAGCCGGGGAGGACGCAGUGCCCGUCAGCACUGCUGCGGAAGUACAGUCAGGCAGUGUGUCCACUGUGGAGCCCAACCUCACCAUGUCUACCCAGAGCCCCAGGGAGGAGACCACGCUGGGUCCAGGCGAAGAAUGGUUAACCCCGGCCGCAGCUGCCACAGAAGUGCCCCUCAGCACUUUUGGAGGAGAGGAAGCCAGUGGAGUCUCUGCGGACGACCUAGCUGUCCUCCCACCCACAAUGGCCCCUGCAUAUGCCAGCUGGGCCUCCACUGAUGACCUGGCUCUUCUCACAUCUACAGCGGCCCUAGGACAAGUGGUCACCUCUGCACCUGAUGACGAAGAAGACUUGGAGACCCUGGCCACCACUGGCAAAGAGGGGACCAGCAGUGCUCCCCCUGAUGGGCUGCCACUCCCGGUACCCUCAGCGGCUCCUGAGAGACAGGUCACGCUGGCUCAGCUAGAAAAGGAAGGACAGUCUGGACCGGAAGGAGAAAAGGUGGGCGCUGAGGAAGAGGGCUCUGGCCCGGGCUGGGGCCUGGACAUCGGCUCUGGCUCUGGGGACCUGGCGGACCGAGAGGAGUCGCUAAGAGGCCCCCCAGGCCCCCCAGGACCACCUGGCUUACCUGGGAUGCCAGGAAAACCAGGAACUAAUGUUUUCAUGGGACCUCCUGGCUCUCCUGGAGAGGAUGGAGCUGCUGGUGAACCUGGGCUCCAGGGCCCUGAAGGAGAGCCUGGACUUGAUGGAGCUGCCGGGCAUCCUGGGAUGAAAGGGGAAAAGGGAGCAAGAGGGCCUAAUGGCUCAGUUGGUGAAAAGGGUGACCCCGGCAACAGAGGCUUACCAGGACCCCCAGGGAAAAAUGGACAAGCUGGCACCCCUGGAGUCAUGGGACCUCCAGGGCCUCCCGGACCCCAAGGGCCCCCAGGUCCUGGAUGUACAACGGGACUUGAAUUUGAGGAUACCGAGGGCUCAGGAAAUAUCAGGCUGCUGAGUGAACCCAGAAUCUCUGGGCCAACCGUGUCCAGUGGUCUCAAAGGAGAAAAAGGAGACCAGGGACCCAAGGGUGAAAGAGGGUUGGAUGGAGUCAGCACUGUGGGACCUCCAGGACCCAGGGGUCCCCCUGGGCAGAUUGAGAUCUUGUCUAGUUCUUUGAUCAACAUCACUCAUGGAUCCUGGAAUCUCUCCGACAUUCCUGAGCUCCUAGGGCCUCCGGGGCCUGAUGGUUUGCCUGGGCUGCCUGGAUUCCCAGGUCCUAGAGGACCAAAAGGUGACACUGGCGUGCCUGGAUUUCCAGGGCUCAAAGGAGAACAGGGUGAGAAGGGUGAGCCAGGCACCAUCCUGACAGGGGAUGUUCCUCUGGAAAGGCUGAAGGGGAAAAAGGGUGAGCCUGGACUGCAUGGAGCCCCAGGACCAAUGGGACCCAAAGGACCACCGGGACACAAAGGGGAAUUUGGCCUCCCUGGAAGACCUGGUCGCCCGGGACUGAAUGGCAUCAAGGGCGCCAAAGGAGAUAGAGGAAUACUGACACUGGGCCCACCUGGCUUACCUGGUCCUCCAGGCCCCCCAGGACCCCCCGGAGCUGCAAUUAACAUCAAAGGAGCUGUGUUCCCAGUACCUGUCCGGCCACACUGCAAAAUGCCAGUUGGUACCACACAACCUGGGGAUUCAGAACUCAUCACCUUCCACGGUAUUAAAGGAGAGAAAGGAUCCUGGGGUCUUCCUGGCUCAAAAGGAGAAAAAGGUGACCAAGGAGCCCAGGGACCACCAGGUCCUCCAGUUGAUCCAGCUUACCUGAGACAUUUCCUGAACAGUUUAAAGGGGGAGAAUGGAGACAGGGGAUUCAAAGGAGAAAAAGGAGAUUCUAAUGGCAACUUCUUUGUGUCUGGGUCUCCAGGACUGCCAGGAAAUCCAGGCCUGGCUGGACAGAAAGGGGAGACUAUCGUUGGACCCCAAGGACCCCCAGGAAUUCCUGGGCUGCCUGGGCCACCUGGCUUUGGAAGACCUGGUGCCCCUGGGCCACCAGGACCCCCUGGGCCUCCAGGACCUCCUGCCAUUCUGGGUGCAGCCGUGGCCCUUCCAGGCCCACCUGGUCCUCCAGGACAGCCAGGGCUUCCCGGAUCCAGAAAUUUGGUCACAGCAUUCCGCAGUAUGGAUGACAUGCUGCAAAGGCCCCAUUUGGUCAUAGAAGGAACAUUCAUCUACUUGAGGGACAGCACAGAGUUCUUCAUUCGUGUUCGAGAUGGCUGGAAAAAAUUACAGCUGGGAGAACUGAUCCCCAUUCCUGCGGACAGUCCUCCACCCCCUGCGCUUUCCAGCAAUUCAUAUCAGCUUCAGCCUCCACUGAACCCUAUUUUAAGUGCCAAUUAUGAGAAUCCUACCUUGCACUUGGUUGCUCUAAACAUGCCGUUUUCUGGGGACAUUAGAGCUGAUUUUCAGUGCUUCCAGCAGGCCAGGGCUGCAGGACUAUUGUCCACCUUCCGAGCAUUCUUAUCUUCUCAUUUGCAAGAUCUUUCCACAGUUGUAAGGAAGGCAGAGAGAUACAACCUUCCAAUAGUAAACCUCAAGGGCCAAGUACUUUUUAAUAAUUGGGACUCGAUUUUUUCUGGUGAUGGAGGUCAGUUCAAUAUACAUGUUCCAAUAUACUCCUUUGAUGGCCGAGAUGUGAUGAGAGAUCCUUCUUGGCCCCAGAAGGUCGUCUGGCAUGGCUCCACCACCCACGGUGUCCGUCUUGUGGAUAAGUACUGUGAAGCAUGGCGAACCGCAGACACGGCAGUCACGGGAUUCGCCUCGCCACUGAGCACCGGGAAGAUUCUGGACCAGAAAGCAUACGACUGUGCUAAUAGGCUAAUUGUUCUGUGUAUUGAAAACAGUUUCAUGACAGAUGCUAGGAAGUAAUGACCUUCCAGUGAUUCCUAAAGAGUUUUCCAGUUUUUCUUAGGUGAAGAGUUGACACUGAAAUCUAAAAUGUUUAAGUGUUGUAAAUAUUACAGUUUUUUUUAUUACACAUUCAUCACAAGAGCAACCAAAGAAAACAUACCUCAGUGCACUCAAAAUUGAAGACAUGAAGGACUCAAUGCAAAGGCAAAAUCUGAGUCGCAUAUUGGUGCUACAUACUGCAGGAAACCCCCUGCAGCGUGAAUAUCCCAACACAGCUUAAGGGCAAGGUGAAAACAGAGACCGUGGCAUUUGCCCACUGCAGCCUUCAGAAAUUACCUUCUUCCUCUUAACCAUGAUGUCUGAGUGUAAGAUGUCUUUCAUGUUUUCUUACAAAGUCAGUGUUUAGAAAUGUUACCCCUUUCUAAGUUAUAUGCGAUUCAGUUCUUUAUUAUUUCACAUCUAGCCAUCAUUUGCAACUGUUAUUCAUACAGAGAAAUAGAACUGCUCAAAUGGUCUUGCUUGUAUUUUCUUACUGUAUCAGACUUUAAUGUGUUUUUUCCCUAAAAUAUUAUUGCUGUAGGAGUUUUUAUAUUUUUACCCAAUUUGUAUUUUAGUAUGGCACCUGUUUAUGUAACUCUGGCUUGCUGGAAAAGUUGAAACUCUAAAUUAUCUGAAAUUAGAAGAGAAAUAGCACAUAAUUGCUACCUGUCCCUUGACAGCCCUCCUCUCCACCCCCCACCCACCAUUCUAUGGCUUCCGUUUGGCAGUUCUUGAAUUACAACUGCAGCUGAAACAGACAGGUUCACGGGGACGAAUGUUUUGAAAAACAUGUAUCUUCAUGCUGUAUUGUUUUCCAAGUAAGUGAACAUAAAAACAUCCCUUCCAGGUG